GUUAGGAGGUGAGUUCCAUUGCGCUUACCAAUGCUAGAUGCGUUGAAAGUGCUCUUUGUGCUGACAGGAGCAAGCACUUACUUAGUUACUAAGUACAUUCGAAUUGGAAUCGGAGAUAAGAACGACAACCCACCUUACUUUGACCAGGAUCUUUACGAAGCCGAGGUAAACGAAAAUGAAGACAUACAGCAUACUGUGAUUACUGUUACAGCUAAUGACAAGGAUGAAUCUUCAGCUUCAAGAAUUAGAUAUGAAAUCACCCAAGGAAACAUUGGAGGAGUGUUUGCCGUUAAGAAUGAAACGGGAGCUAUCUAUGUGGCUGGUCCUUUGGAUUAUGAAACCCGAAGUGAGUACAGGCUGCAACUGGUUGCGUCUGAUGAUGUUUACGAGAACUACACGACGGUGCUUAUCCACGUGAAGGACAUAAACGAUAACCCGCCAGUUUUCGAUCGCCUCACCUAUGAGACACAAAUCACUGAGGAAGAUGACAGAAACCUUCCUAAGCGUAUACUACAGGUUACAGCCACUGAUGGAGAUAGAGAUCGACGUCCAGAUAUAGUUUAUUCCUUGGCUGGCGAAAGAAUUGAUGACGAUGAGCUUUCUAAUAAGAAAUUUGCUAUCAAUUCCACCACAGGAGAAAUUUACGUGCUUAAACCUUUAGACCGAGACUUGCCAAACGGUCGGUCCCAGUGGCUAUUUACCGUGUUUGCCGAAGACGAAGGCGGUUACGGCUUAGUAGGCUUCGCCGACGUUCUUGUCAACUUGAAAGAUGUUAACGACAACUCCCCAUUUUUCCCUAAUGCUAUUUGCAUUGGUAAUGUAACAGAAAAUGGAACUGCUGGAAUGACUGUGAUGACAAUGACAGCUACAGAUUAUGAUGAUCCUGAGGAAGCAAGUAAUGCAAGACUCACAUAUUCAAUUGAACAAAAUCAAGUCAGUGCACAUGGGGAGCUGAUUUUCAGCAUAGAGCCACAAAAUGGUGUGAUAUCAACUGCUGUUUGCUGUUUAGACAGAGAGACUAAUCCAGAGUAUAUUAUCAAAGUGGUUGCUACAGAUGGAGGAGGAUUGAAAGGUACUGGCACGGCUACUAUUAAGAUAAAGGACAUUAAUGACAUGCCCCCAGAGUUCACUAAGAAAAUUUGGUUUGUUCAUGUUGAUGAAACAGAAGGUGAUAACAUUCCUGAGACACCAAUUUUGGUAGUUUCCAUCAAUGAUAAAGACUUGUUAGAAACUAAUCAGUUCAGUUACAAAGUGAUUGACAAUGCUUUUGGUGCAGAUAGAUUCACAAUGGUAACCAAUUCUGAUGGCACUGGUUCACUCAGAGUAGCAAAGUCUUUGGACUAUGAAGACAUGCAGCAGAGGUUUGGUUUCAACAUAACCAUCCAAGUGAGUGACCAUGGGAAAGGGUCCUCUGAACCCCAUCACAUAGAUUAUGCCAAGGUUCAAGUAAAACUUAAGGACAUCAAUGACAACAAGCCAAAGUUUGAACAUUCCAAUAUUGAAGUUUCAGUAUCAGAGGAUGCUGAAAUUGGUUACAAGUUAGCAUUCUUUACUGCUACUGAUGCUGACCAAGGAGGGCAGUCUCACGUGAGCUAUACCAUUGAUAGGUCAUCUGAUAAGAGGAGACAAUUUAAAAUAGACAAAGAUGGUAUGGUCUGCAUUCAGAGAAAACUUGACAGAGAAGAUGCACCAAGACAUCAAGUGAAGAUACUAGCUGUUGAUGAUGGUAACCCCCCUUUAACAGCCACUGCUACUCUUGGUAUUGUGGUCAGUGACAUCAAUGAUAAUGCUCCUCGUUUUCUCAAGGACUAUCAUCCAAUUAUAAUGGAAAAUGCCAGACCUCCUCAAAACGUGGAGGAAAUCCAAGCAACUGAUGACGAUAAUCAUUCUAAGAGAAAUGUUCCACCUUUUACUUUUUAUAUGGAUCCUGAAGCCCCAGAAAUUAUUCAAGACUUUUUUAGGGUUGAGCAUCAGCAUGAGGGAGGCAAUGGUGACAGUAUGGCAAUAGUCACUGCACUUGUGGAAUUUGAUCGAGAAAAGAAAAAGGAAUAUCAUGUACCCAUUGUUAUCAAGGAUAGUGGGUUUCCACCAAAAACAGGAACUAGCACAUUGACUGUAAUUAUUGGAGAUGAGAAUGACAAUUUAAUGUUUCCUGGUCAUAAGGAUGUUUUGGUGUAUAGCAUCAAAGGUGCAAUCCCUCCAACAUCUGUGGGAAGGGUACAUGUUGAAGACCUAGAUGACUGGGACCUUCCUGACAAGGUGUUUGCUUGGGAAAACAAUGUUCCCCACCCAAACUUUGAGCUUGACCAACAUUCAGGUGUCAUAACAAUGAAGAAUAUCACAUCAGGGACUAGUGCCUUCUUGAGCUUCAGUGUGUUUGACCACAAGCAUGGAAAAGAAGUGAAAGCCACUGUUAAUGUCACAGUGCAAGAAAUACCGGAAGAAGCAAUUUACAAUUCUGGUUCCAUUAGAAUUCAUGGUACUUCGGCUGAAGAUUUUGUUAGAAUUUUAAGUUGGAAAAACUACUCCGUUGUGCAAAGUAAAUACGAUAAAUUUCGAGAGGUGAUAGCUGAGCUUUUAGGAAUCAAUAGAGGAAAUGUAAAUAUAUUCACUGUGUAUCCCAAACAAGAAAAGCCUCCAAUUACUGAUGUCAGAUUUGCUGCUUAUGAUUCUUCAUAUUUUAAGGCUAGCAUGUUAGAUGGAACUGUUUCUCUGAAUCGAGAGCUGAUUCAGAGAAGGGUUGGAAUCAACAUCACCAUGGUUGGAAUUGAUGAAUGCUUGAUUGAAAAUCUAAACUGCAAGGAUAGCUGUACAAACAAAUUAAUAGUUGAUCCUCACCCAAUUGUUGUGAAUGCCAACUGGACUUCAUUUGUAAGUGUAAAUAGCUGGAUCAAACCCAUGUGUGUAUGUGGUGCGAGAGAUUUCUCUGAAAAAGAAACCUGUAAACAACAACCUCCUCCUUGCUUUAAUAAUGGUAAAUGCAUUGAUGGCCCUAGCGGAGUCAGAUGUAACUGUACUGGAGAAAUGAAUGGACCUCUGUGUCAGAUUACAACCAUUUCUUUCAAUGGUAGAGGGUGGGCAUGGUAUCCAGUUUUGCAGCAGUGUGAAAAUUCCCAUCUCAGUUUGGAGUUCAUGACCCUGAAACCUAAUGGUCUGCUGCUUUAUAAUGGACCUAUCUCCAAUCCAGAGCCUCAAGAAAUUGUUGUGCAAGACUUUUUGUCUAUUGAGCUUCAUGAUGGAAGGCCUAGGCUCUUGAUGGACUAUGGAUCAGGGACAACAGAAGUUAUAACAAAUACAAAAAUUGCACUUAAUGAUGGAGUGUGGCACAAAUUAAACAUAUUUUGGGAUAGAGAAAAUAUUCGAAUCAGAGUAGAUGACUGUAUCCAUGCUGAGAUCACAGACUCUGAAACAACACCAAAAUUUGAUAGUUCCAGUUGUGAAGGCCAUGGAACCAUUCCUCCUUUUAAUGAGUUCUUGAAUCUAAAUGCACCACUCCAAAUAGGUGGAGUUCACCACAAAAGGCUAAACUUCACUUGGCAAUACCAUCAUACUCAAGAAGGUUUUGAAGGCUGCAUAAGAAAUGUAUUUUAUAAUAGUGAGAUUUAUGACCUUGGAAACCCUGGUAGUUCUGAAGGUAGCCAACCUAGGUGUCCACCAGCAGAUGAUAGCUGUAAUACUAACAGUAUCACUUCCUUCUGUGACAAUGGCAGUUGCGAGGGCACUUAUCAUGCAGCUCGAUGUGUCUGUGAUCCUGGAUGGCAUGGAGUACAUUGUAACCUACCUACUCAAGCUAAGAUGUUCCAAAAAAGCAGCUAUAUAAAAUAUGCCUUGUCCUUUGAACCAAAUACUUACAAGACUGACAUCCAGCUUAUGUUUCGUACCCGACAGAAACAUGGAGAACUCUUCCGGGCUAUGAGUAAACAUGGUCAUGAAUACUGCAUUUUGGAGAUUCGGGACCAAAAAAUCCACUUCCGAUUUAACCUCAAUCAACAUAACUCUACAGGUGAGCAAGAACUGUGGCUACCUCAUGUUACAGUUAGUGAUGGUCAGUGGCACACAAUCAAAGUUCUUAGGUAUGGCAGCACAGCUAGUAUGUCAUUGGAUGGAGGUGGAGGAAGACAUUACAAUGAAAUUAUUAAUUACAAGGGCUUGCAUCAAUUGAUGAAAAUGGAAAAACAGAAUAUCAUUGUUGGUGGUAAUGUGCAUUAUAUUGGACCAAGUGUUAGUGUGGUGGAUGAUGAUUACCAAGAAGGUUGUAUAAAUGACAUUAGACUUGACCAGCGCUAUCUUCCUAUGGAAAAUGGAUCUGAAAAUGCUGCUGUAGUUGAAUGGAAUAACCUUAUUGAUAAUUGCCCUUCCAAUAAUUCUUGUCAAAAUGUAAUCUGCUAUCCACCUUUUGUUUGUAAAGAUCUCUGGCUUCUUCAUGAAUGCAGGUGUCACAAUGGUUUUGUAUUGACAGAGGAUGGUAAAAACUGCAUUGAUGCUAAUACUUGUUUGAGUGAUCCCUGCUUUAAUGGUGCAACAUGUGUGGACAAGCCAGAUGGCAAAGGCCAUUAUUGUCUAUGUAGUGAUGGUUAUAGUGGCAGCAAUUGCCAGUCAAUAGUCCAAGCAAAAGUGAUGAAAUUAAGCAUGGCAGCUCUUGCAACCAUCUUGGUCUGUCUCCUUAAAAUACUGAUUUUGGUACUAGUUAUUGUUGCAUACACAAGGAGCCAUAGACCUGAAAGGAAAUAUGGACAUCGUGAAGUUGACGGUGAUGUUAGGGAAAACAUUAUUUGUUAUGAUGAUGAAGGAGGUGGAGAGGAUGACAUGAAUGCCUAUGACAUUACUCCUCUACGUAUUCUUAUUGAUGUUAAUGGGCUUCCUGUUAGAACUAAGCCUGAACCAGAACAACCUCUGAUGAGAGAUCCACAGCAAAGACAAGUGCCACCUGGCAGUCAGCCUGAUGUGGGAGAUUUCAUUCAAGAUUAUCUGAAUAAAUCAGAUAAUGAUCCCAAUGCCCUACUAUUUGAUGACCUGCAAAACUAUGCCUAUGAAGGGAGUGGAAGCAUGGCAGGAUCCCUUAGCUCAUUGGCUUCAAGCAGUAAUGAUAAUGAGCAAGACUUUGACAACCUCAAUGGAUGGGGCCCUCAGUUCUCCAAACUUGCUAAUAUGGAUGAUCAUUGUGAAAGUGAAGAAGACUAGUUAAUCAUCACUGCACACCAACCUUGUUUUCAACUGCCUCUGCUGAUCAUUCCAUUGCUCUCUCUCUUUAAGACCAGUGACAAGUUCACAUUGGAGAGUGACAGUUCUAGCCAGACAUACUGUAUACUGAAAGGAACAAAAUAAACUAGGAUUUGUUGAAA